CCAUGGGUAAUAAACUGAGCUGUUCCUGUGCGCCGCUAAUGCGCAAAGCAUACCGAUAUGAGGACUCCCCAUGGCAGACUUCUCGUCGGCGGGACGGCCAUCUCCUGAGUUCGUUCAGGUUGUGGGCUGAGGUGUUCCAUGUAUCUUCAAGCGGUGCUGGUACCGUUAAAUGGCAACAAGUAUCCGAAGAUUUGGUUCCUGUCAACAUUACCUGCAUACAAGAUUCACCUGAAUGCGUAUUUCACAUAACAGCCUACAACAGUCAGGUUGAUAAAAUCCUUGACGUACGACUUGUCCAACCAGGCACACGAAUUGGACAAGCAUCAGAAUGUUUUGUUUACUGGAAAGACCCAAUGACAAAUGAUACAUGGGGUUUAAAUUUUACAUCCCCCAUUGAUGCGAAACAAUUUCGGGAAUGUUGUUGCGACGUUUUACAGUCGCCUUCUUUCAAAUUUUCACGAAAGGCCUCCUCGAGCUAUUCGCUGAAAUUGGAUCCACCUGGCAAGAGUAAGGUUAAGGCGAAGCGUAAGCCCGUCAGCACUCCGGCAAGUCCAUCAAGGGUACGUGAGCCCCAGUGCACAUGCAUGACAGCUGAACAAUAUGCACGCUUACGUGCACAGGAUCCAAGAUAUCGAGGUUCAUCAACUCUACCUCGUACAGCUUCUAGGGCUACAGACACAGAAGUUGGAGGACAAAAAGUUCUCAAUGCAACAUCCAGCACAUCUUUGUAUGAUAAUGUUGCAUCUGGAACACAGUCAAUGCAAUCAGGACAAGGAGAUACACUUUCACGUCAAACAAAAUCACAAGAAACUAACACCAUGACCAGUGGACAGAAUAUUACUGGGGGCAAUGCAAAUAUAGCAGGAGGAGUAAAUGCCACUAGCGGUGGUGGUGGUGGUGGUGGCGGAGGAGGAGGAGUUGAUUCAAAUUCACAGAAUCAUGUGGGAUCACAGAUUGGACAAGAUGAUAAUAUGGGGACUGGACAACGUGGCGAUAUGGAGACUUGUAAGUCAGAAGGCACACAAGCUGGUGGUACCUUGCAGCAGAAUACAUUAUCUUCCACUAAAUCAACUGGUACUGGCACACGCAACAAAGAUUACAACAAAGACUACAACAAGGACUACAACGAUGAAAUGACACGCGAAUCGCACGACAUGCACCACAACAUAAUUAACAACAACACCAGACGUAAGACAAAGAGCACCGAAGACAUGAACAUGGCAACCGACACUAGCACAUUGAAACGCAUGCUGAAGCCCAUGCCCAGCACCGAGAGCCCGGUUACUUCUCCAGAGAUGGGACGUCGCCGUUACAACUACUACAAUGCAGCCAACAUGGCCAAUACUCUGGGCCCACAACAUGCUAUGCACCAGCAUGGAAUGCAUCACAUCAUGAAUAACAAUAAUUCAAUGGGAAGGCCAUCUAGUCAGGCAUCACGCUUCUCCGGAUCCAGAUCAUCUCAUGAAAUUGGACGUGGCGGCUAUCCACAAAGAAAUCUUUACUUGGAGUUGGAAAGGGAACGUGGCUGCUUGGAGGGCUCGCCACCAUCGGACAACGUCAUGUUCGACAAUCAAUGUUAUGCCACUACGCCAAGUUCAAGCAAUGGCAAUUCUGAUCAGGAUCAGUCUUAUGGUCAGAGAAGUGUUGGUGGCGGUGGCAGAGGUCAUCCUCAUCAUCAUCCAGGUCAGCCAAAUGUCACACCAACUCCAGGCAGUCCAACGUCUAGAUUAUUGCUGGAGUAUGAGAUGCAUUUGCGCAACACUUUGGCCAAAGGAAUGGAUGCUGAAUCGUAUAGUUUGCAUACAUUUGAAGCUUUGUUGUCACAAAGCAUGGAAAAUUUGGAGUUUGCUGAGAGUUUACCAGGAUCCACCCAGCGUAGCCCAUACCCAUUAAGACGUCGAUCUGUAGCAAAUGCCAAGUCAUCAACAUUACCACUACCUCCGCAUAGGCCAUUAACAACCCGUGACAAGGAUCGUGAUCGUGAGCGCGAUGGUUACUACAGUGAUCGCAAUGAAUUGAUCAGAGAACGUGAAAGAGAACGCGAACGCGAUCGCGGUUAUUUGAGUGAUCAUAAUGCAAGUUUUUCGAAUUCCCGCUGCGCCUCUUGCAUUGGGGAAUCGGCUCGCGCUCAAUGGUUUCGCCAUUCUGAUGGCUGGCGUUCGGGAAGUUCCACAAUGGGCUCUGGGUCUGGUACGGGUAUGAUGCCACCACUUUCAACUGGCUCUGGUCAUAAGCGCUCGCCGUGGGAUUCUCUACCGUCACUCCGUCAGGAUAGCAGCUUGAAUGAUUCAGGCUAUAAAAGUGCACGCGCUGAUUCCUUAGAGCAAAGGGGUGAAUUUAUACGUCAAGAUAGUUUACGUUCAGAUUAUUUAAGUGAUCGUGAGGCACGUUAUGGUAUCGUUCAGCAGGCAUCGAUUGAUAGCACCGAUUCCAGGUUGUGCUAUUUGACAUCAUCUGAGAUAUCCGAUGAUGAUCGAAUGAGCUUAACCACGGCCGUAUCUGAUGAAGAUGAUGGCGAAAGUGUCAUGGCGUCACCAUAUAAAGCAAAAUCAACAGGAACAGCAGCAUCUUCAUUUAAUUGCACUGGAGCUGUACGAAAGGCUGGAUUCCUAUCGGUGAAGAAAUGGCUGCUACGCAAAAAACAUCAAAUCGAAUUGGCCCGCAAGCGCGGUUGGAAAGGAUACUGGGUUUGCUUGAAGGGAACCACGUUGCUCUUUUAUCCGUGCGAUUCACGCGAAGGACGUUCCGUCGAGGCGGCACCAAAGCAUUUAAUUAUUGUCGACGGAGCGAUUAUGCAGCCCAUACCCGAGCACCCGAAACGUGAUUACAUAUUCUGCUUGAGUACGGCAUUCGGGGAUGCUUACUUAUUCCAGGCACCGUGUCAGGUUGAAUUGGAGAACUGGGUAAAUAGCAUUCAUAGUGCCUGUGCUGCAGCAUUUGCUCGGCAUCGUGGAAAAACUGGUACACUUCAUCUCCUACAAGAGGAAAUUUACCGCCUGGAUAAAGCUAUUGAAUCGGAUCAUAAACUAAAGCAUAUGGCAGAAUUACAACAAACCGUUGUCACAGAUCAGGAUACACGUCAUCAAAUCCAAACACAAAUUCUUCAAUGGGAAGAAAAUCUGGAACGCCUGCAUUGCGAACAGUUUCGAUUACGGUGUUAUAUGGCAUCGUUACAGAGCGGUGAAUUGCCUAAUCCAAAAUCCCUUCUGACACAUGUUUCACGGCCCACAAAGAACACUUUGAACAAGUUGGGCGUUUUUACGGUUUCCUCGUUCCAUGCGUUCAUAUGCGCUCGAUCGCCAUCUUUGCUAAAUAAUUUGUUAGCUGGACGUGGUGCUACCAAACGGCGACCACCAUUACUAUCGCGCUCGAAUAGCGGUUCUAGCAGGCGUUCUAUGCAGAUGAACUCACGUGACGAACCAGAGAAGACCUUCAAAGUACCAAUGCCUGACAAUGCUUAUUCGACAGUUUAUCUACGUGAGGCGAUGUCCUUUGAAGAAUUCCUAGCCAAUGCAUGUGCCCGAAGGAAUCUCAAUCCAAUGGAGCAUUUCGUUCGAGUGAAAAAGCGACGUGACAUGGAGGACCACAAUUAUUUUGUGCCACAUCGUAAUGAUUUGAUUGAAAAUUAUUUGCAUAAUCAUGAAUUCAUUGAAGUCUGCAUGAAGAUCCUUUAUCAAGUCGAACUGCAGCGGACAACUCUGGAACAGAUGUGGGGUUUCUCUGUGGAGGCUGAACUCAUUGAAAAUGCUGAACGCCAGGACGAACUGUGUUGCUAUGUUAGCCGUGUUGAAGACAAGAGCGUUGCAAUGCACAAUGGCAUCAUCAAGGGGGACGAAAUAAUUGUUAUCAAUGGAGCAAUUGUAUCCGACCUGGAUAUGAUGUAUCUGGAAAGCGUGCUUCAGGAGGAACAGUCGCUAUGCAUGAUGAUGAGGUCAUCCCGCACGGAACCACCAGAUCUAGUUGGAAUAAUGCGAGUGACCGACGACAUGAUUGAUUCAUUGGUUUGCCCACCGCCACCAUCGGAUCCGCCGGUAAUGAGUGAGGAAAUGAUUUCUGGCCUCAUUGUUCCAGCACCAGGAUGGAGCGGCAAGGAUUUGUACUCACCAGAAGCGGAGAGCUCACCAGCACCAUCAUCAUUAGAACCACAGGUGACGGCUGUGCCAGGCACAAAACAAACUUCGAGGACCAGUAGCUUUGAAAUUGAGAACCUUCUCAAAACAGCUGAACAGGUAACUGGAUUCUGUAGAUCCCCACAGGAAACACGGAAAUCAAGUCCGACCGGUUCGGUUACAUCAUCGGUUUCGAAUGCAAUGCUAACACCGUCACGACAGUUGACAGAUGCUGAGAAGUUGCGGAAAGCUAUUCUCGAGCUGGUUGACACUGAACGCGCUUAUGUCAGGCAUUUAAAUAACCUCCUAGAGCACUAUCUGGAACCAAUGAAACGCGAAACGUUCCUCUCCAAUGCGGAAAUCAAUGCUUUGUUCGGUAAUAUUCAUGAAAUUGUUGCCUUCCAGCGUCAAUUUUUGCAAAAUCUCGAGGAAGCUUUAGAAUUGGAGCCCGACUUUCAUAAAUUCGAGCAUCCAAGUCAGUUUCGGAAUGUCCUGUUUUCAAUCGGUUCAGCUUUCCUGUACUAUGUUAAUCACUUCAAGUUAUAUUCAUCGUUUUGUGCCAGUCACAGCAAGGCUCAAAAAGUUUUACAUCCAAAUGAAGGUAAUAACGCUUUACAGGAAUUCCUAGCGGCAAGAAAUCCUAAACAACAGCACAGCAGCACUCUCGAAUCGUAUUUGAUAAAGCCAAUUCAACGUAUCCUGAAGUAUCCUUUACUUUUGCAACAAUUAAGAAACUUGACCGAUUCACGUGCAGAUGAGCAUCUUCAUUUAGUUGAGGCACUCAAAGGCAUGGAAAAGGUUGCCGAACAUAUUAACGAAAUGCAACGAAUCCACGAAGAAUAUGGUGCUAUCUUUGAUCAUCUUUUUCGACAGCAUCAGAAAUCCUGCAAACAGCCAAUAGACCUUAGUCCAGGAGAUCUUUUAUACUAUGGCGGCGUUGAAUGGCUAAAUAUAUCGGAUUUCUUAGGAAAAAUAAAGAAAGGUCUCGAGCUACAUGCUAUGUGCUUUGUAUUUAAAUCAGCGGUUGUGUUCCUUUGCAAAGAGCGUUUGCGACAAAAGAAAAAACUAAUGGGCGUUUCUAAUAAAAAUGCACCAAACGAAGUCGAAAUAAUUCGCUAUCAAGUUCUCAUACCCGUUACGGAGGUACAAGUUCGUGCCUCUUCAGCGAAGGAUAUGGAUUCACAUUUCCUAUGGGAAUUGAUACAUUUACGCUCGCAAUUGCAACGACGUUCGGAAAAAGUCUAUGUACUGUCGAAUAGUACAGCAGAUUUUCGUAAUGCGUUCCUGAAAACGAUCAGACAGAUAAUACGUGAAAGCGUACGCAACAUGUCAAUUCCGAUGAAGGGAUUUGGUGGUAGUGCUAGUUCAGUAUCGGGUAUAUCUUCGCAAGGUGGUUCGGGUAGUUCACAAACUUUAGAAAGGCCUAAACAGCAGAUAACAAUCAUUCAAGGAUCUCAAACACUUGGUAAGCCCAAGAAAAAAUCGGGUGCACAACGUCAUUCAGCUGGCAAUAUUGAUUAUGAUAAUCUAUCGGGUAGCCAAGAGGCUGAUGAUGUCCCAAUGCAAUCGCAUCAACAAUUGCAUCCAACCGGUUUCAGAAGUCGCAGUAAGACAGUUGGUGAUGCUGCUGAUCCACCACCCAAGCCACCACAUCAUCAACAACAGCAACAACAACAGAUGCAGAGUGAUCCAAGUAUGGACCCAGGUACCAAGUCCGAAGGUGAAGAAGAUUCCCAACAGGGCACAAUUAAACCCAAAGCAACACUGGGUAGAACACCAAACCAUCUUACUCUAAGCACAACAUCAACCCUAUCGGUCGGAAGCACAGGUAGUCAAGCGCGAUUGAUACAAUCAUCCCAUCCCCCAUCCAGCUAUCAGCCAGUCCUAAUGAAAGAUCUAGGGUCCCCGGUGUGGAAACCACGAGACAUGAUUAGUUUAGGCGAUGCACAGCCAACAUCACGCAAAGAUGACUCGAAAAACUAAUUUUAAUUAUUAUAAAAAAAAAAAAAAAAAAAAAACAAAAUAAAAAAACAAACAUUCUCUAUAUAUUUAUAAAUCGAAAAAUAAAAAUAUAUAAGAAAAUUAUCAUAUUCGAAAAAUAAAACAAACUGGAUUAAAAAAAAAAAAUGAAUAGAAAAUAAAAAAAAUAUUGUUUCUCCGAAAAUAGAAAGAAACAUUUCUUGAUGAUGAUAUUAAAUGAAUUAAUUCAUUACACAGUAAAUACAUUUAAUAAAUUAAAAAAAAAA